AUGGGUUCCGUACCGCCCCCACCCCCAGCAGCAACCCCCAUCCGCCUCGCCAUCCUCAAAACCGACUCCCCCAUCCCAGCAGUCUCCAGCAAAGUCGGCCAGUUCGACACCAUCUUCACCACCCUGCUACGCGCCGCCUGCGCCAGCCUGGACCCGCCCCAAACCCUAGAAUCCCAACUCACCCUCACAGCGCACGACGUGGUGGCGGCGCCGGCAGUCACGGGGGAGGACUCGGACUCGGGGUGGGACUAUCCGGACCCGGACACCAUCGACGCCGUGCUGAUCACGGGCUCGCGCGCCUCGGCGUACGACGAGGACGAGUGGGUGGUGCGCCUCGCGGCCUUCGUCCGCCGCCUGCUCGACGAGGGCCGCGUGCGUGUGAUCGGGGUGUGUUUCGGCCACCAGAUUGUUGCUCGCGCGCUGGGAGCGCGGGUGGCGCCCUCGCCGGCGGGGUGGGAGUUGUCCGUGACGGAGGUGCGGCUGAGUGAGGAGGGGAGGGCGGUGUUUGGGGGGGAGAGCUUGAAUAUCUACCAGACACAUCGUGAUGUUGUUCUCGAAUUACCCCCGGGUGUUGUGCCGCUGGCUAGCACAGAGAAAUGUCCGAUCCAGGCCAUGUACAUUCCUCGCCAGCUUAUCACGGUGCAGGGCCACCCGGAGUAUACUCCGUUCAUCAUGAACGAGAUGCUGCAAGCCCGGCAUAAAAGGGGCGCCAUCGCCGAUGGACCUUUUGAGGAUGCAAUGAAGAGAGUCGCGGAUAAGCAUGAUGGCGUGGCGAUUGCCCGGGUCUUUUUGCGCUUCCUGCGGGAAUGAUGAGUGCCUGUCUCGGUACCUAGGUACCUAGGUACGUAUACGGCCAGGCGGGUUGCCGUUGUCAUGGUAUUCCAUAAUAGUUAGACC